AUGAAGGACUACGUACGACCCAAGAGCACGCUGGAGAGCGACGAGGGCUCCGCGACAUACCCUGCGAUGCGGCUUUCGGAAGACAAGGCGACGCCCGUGGACCAGGUGGUCCAGGUUUCGCCCUGGGUCCAUUUUGUGGCGGGAGGUAUCGGAGGCAUGACCGGAGCUGUCUUCACUUGUCCUCUGGACGUUGUCAAGACCCGUCUACAGGCUGAUUUCUACAAAACACAGCUCGCAGAGAUGCGAACUGCUUACGGCAACCCCAAAGGCCCGUUCCGAAACGCCUGGCUGCACUUUGUCGAGACCGGCAGCAUUCUCAAAAACAUCUACAGACAGGAGGGCUAUCGGGCGCUGUUCAAGGGUCUGGGGCCCAAUCUGGUCGGCGUCAUCCCUUCUAGAUCCAUCAACUUCUUCACCUACGGAGUGGGCAAGGAGUUCAUCGCCAAGGAGUUCAACGACGGCAAGGAAGCGUCGUGGGUUCACCUGCUGGCCGCCGCCAACGCCGGCAUCGUCACAUCCACAUGCACUAACCCCAUCUGGCUCAUCAAGACCCGUCUGCAGCUGGACAAGGCCUCUCCAGAGACCCAUCUCAGACAGUACAAAAACUCGUGGGACUGUCUGAGGCAGGUGAUGCGAACGGAGGGAAUCAGAGGUCUCUACAAGGGUCUGACAGCGUCGUAUCUGGGCGCCUCCGAGUCCACCCUGCAGUGGGUGCUCUACGAGAAGAUGAAGCAGCUCAUUCGAAACAAGGAGAAGCAGAGACAGAUUCACGGAUAUAAGCGAACGUCGCUGGACUCGUUUUUGGACUGGUCGGCCCAGAGUGGAGCUGCCGGAGCUGCCAAGCUCAUGGCCUCGCUCGUCACUUACCCUCAUGAGGUUGUUCGAACCAGAUUGAGACAGGCUCCCUCGGAGACCGGAGGACGACUCAAAUACACCGGUCUAGUCCAGUGUUUCAAGCUGGUGGUCAAGGAGGAGGGCUUCCUGGCUCUCUACGGAGGUCUGACACCGCAUCUGCUGCGAACAGUGCCCAAUUCCAUCAUCAUGUUUGGCACCUUUGAGCUCGUUGUCAAGAUGCUGUCCACCUAA